AUGAUUAGAAACAUGUUUCAUCAUGCAAGGAAACAUCCAGGGUUGAUCCCUCAGUUCUUCUUCCUGACGCUGGGCAUGGCGGGAGCCUUCGUCUACCUGCUGCGUCUGGCCAGGGGGCCGCAUGUCACCUUGUGGGACAAGAGAAACAACCCGGAGCCCUGGAACAAGCUGGAUCCCACGUACCAGUACAAGUUUGUGGCCGUCAACACGGACUACAAGAGCCUCAAGAAAGAGGGCCCGGACUUCUAG